AUGGGCAAACCACGGAUGAUAAUUUUGAUACGCCACGCCCAAUCAGAAGGCAAUAAGAAUCGAGAUAUCCACCAAACCGUCCCCGACCACCGCGUCAAACUUACUCAAGAUGGCUGGAAACAGGCCGAUGAAGCAGGCCAAAAGCUGCGCUCUCUCCUCCGCCCUUCAGACACCCUCCACUUCUUUACCUCUCCCUACCGAAGAACACGAGAAACAACCGAAGGAAUCCUUAAUGCGCUCACAUCUCCUGCCCCAGAUCACAAACCGUCCCCUUUUCCACGACACACGAUCAAGGUGUAUGAAGAGCCCCGAUUACGAGAACAAGAUUUUGGGAACUUUCAACCCGACUCGGCAGAGAUGAGUCGGAUGUGGCAGGAACGUGCGGACUACGGACAUUUCUUCUACAGGAUACCAAAUGGUGAAUCGGCGGCCGACGCAUACGAUCGAGUCUCAGGCUUCAACGAAUCAUUGUGGCGAAGCUUUGGAGAGUCAGAUUUUGCUUCCGUUUGCGUACUCGUCACUCACGGCCUCAUGACUCGAGUGUUUCUGAUGAAAUGGUACCACUUCAGCGUGGAAUACUUCGAAGAUUUACGGAACAUGAACCACUGUGAGUUUGUGGUUAUGGAGCUGAAUGAGGAUAACGGAAAAUAUAUACUGCAGAACCAGCUGCGGACAUGGUCGGAGUUGAAGAGGGAGAGGGCGAAUUCUAGGACCAGCAUAACGGAGCCGGAGAGUCCAAUCCCGGUCAGGAAGAAGUGGGGAGGGUGCUUACAAACAGACGGGGACCGGGGUGAUGAUUUUGCAAGGAGGCAGAUGGCAAGAAGGAGGAAAGACACGAAGGAGCUUUUCGAAGACGUCGAAAUGGAGCACGGUAAUAAAGAACUUGGGAAUGGGAAGAAGGCCGAUGGUAGUGAGAGCGAGUGUUCAAGGGGCAGAGAAGACCGAACCCAAGCCCCGGAGAGAGAGAACUCACAGACCGACGCCGCAAACGUCCUCCUAGCCACACCAGGCGCUCGAACACGCAUCGUGUCCCCCAACCGCCUCGAAAUCCUCAAAGGUGGCCGCGACGGCGGUGGUUCACGCUCUGGCGCCGCGAGUCCCAGUCUCUCUAGCCUUGACGACUCGGAAACCGAAGCGAAGGAGCGCAUGAGAUCGUUGCCUCUUCGAAGAAGUUUGGCCAUGGCCUUGAAUGGCGAGCUGGAUGGUGAUGGGGAAAGGGUCAGGGCUGAUGCGCUUGGGGAUCAGAGCGAUGUAGAAGAUGAAGAGGAAGAAGAGCACCGAAAGGAGGUUGCGAAGAUGGAGGCGAAGGAUAAGAGUUUUGACGGAGCUGUUUUGUGA